GCCAAAGCCGCCGAACUUCCGUCCCGUUUCUGUGGCGGCCGAGCGUGAGACUUUGCGAGCUUGGAGACCAGAGACCUUAUCCUCACUCGAUCUGGUUCUGCCCACCUCUGCGUUGUUUCCUAAGACAAGAAAGAGUCCUGCUUUUGGCCACCCACCACUGGCCUCAUGGCUUCCAUGCAGAUGGAUCCUGAGUUAGCCAAGCAACUCUUCUUUGAAGGAGCCACUGUGAUCAUUCUGAACAUGCCCAAGGGGACAGAGUUUGGCAUUGACUACAACUCCUGGGAGGUGGGACCCAAGUUCCGGGGUGUGAAGAUGAUCCCUCCUGGCAUCCACUUUCUCCACUACAGCUCUGUGGACAAGGCCAAUCCCAGGGAGGUGGGCCCUCGGAUGGGCUUCUUUCUUAGUCUGAAGCAGCGGGGGCUGACAGUCCUUCGCUGGAAUACUGUCCAGGAAGAGGUAGAUUUGUCUCCAGCUCCAGAGGCUGAAGUAGAAGCUAUGAGAGCCAAUCUCCCCGAGUUAGACCAGUUUCUGGGCCCCUACCCAUAUGCAACACUCAAGAAAUGGAUCUCACUCACCAACUUCAUCAGUGAGGCCACCAUGGAGAAGCUGCAGCCGGAGAGCCGGCAGAUCUGUGCCUUCUCGGACGUGCUGCCUGUGCUGUCCAUGAAGCACACCAAGGACAGGGUGGAGCAGAAUCUGCCCCGCUGUGGUACUGAGUGCAGAAGCUACCAGGAGGGCUUAGCCCGGCUACCUGAGAUGAAACCCAGGGCUGGGACAGAGAUCCGCUUCUCAGAGCUGCCCACUCAGAUGUUCCCAGCAGGUGCCACACCAGCAGAGAUCACCAGGCACAGCAUGGACUUGAGCUAUGCCCUCGAGACUGUGCUCAGCAAGCAGUUUCCUGGCAACCCCCAGGAUGUACUUGGUGAGCUGCAGUUUGCCUUUGUGUGCUUCCUGCUGGGCAACGUAUAUGAGGCAUUCGAGCACUGGAAGCGGCUCCUGAACCUUCUGUGUCGGUCAGAAGCAGCCAUGGUGAAGCACCACACCCUGUACGUCAGCCUCAUCUCCAUCCUGUACCACCAGCUUGGUGAGAUCCCUGCCGACUUCUUUGUGGACAUUGUCUCCCAGGACAAUUUCCUCACCAGUACCUUACAGGUUUUCUUUUCUUCUGCCUGCAGCAUUGCUGUAGAUGCCACCCUGAGGAAGAAGGCAGAAAAGUUCCAAGCCCAUCUGACUAAGAAGUUCCGGUGGGACUUUGCUUCAGAGCCAGAGGACUGUGCCCCAGUGGUGGUGGAGCUCCCUGAGGGCAUCGAGACUGGCUAGCUGCAAAUCUGCAAGCCAGGGAGACCCCUUUCCACAUGGCUCCUACCUGGUGUCUCUGCUCAUCUAUCUGUCCUUGAAUCCUCCAGCCUAGUGGCUCAGUCAGGUCCUGCAGAGAUGGAGCCAGGAUUCCUCUUCACCAGUUAAUACAUUCCUUUGCUGCCAAAGUGGAGCACUGUGGUUCCCUUCAGCCUGGCCCUGGAGUUUAGUUUCAUAAAAAGGCCCUUGGAGAAGGUUCAGGUGAGACCUGCCCCAGCAACAAUCUAAUUCCUUCUAGCAAUGAGAAAAUGAACCUUAAGUCUAAAAGACUAGCUGCUUAUUCCAUAGCUGGUUAACAGGGGAAAGAAGAAACCUGGUCCAUCCCAGUGGCUAAGGUGUUAGUGAAGUUUUAAGUUAAAUGUAGGUUUGAAGUUGAAUGAGGUUUGUACAGAAUUUUUGCCUGCUCCAUGUGGAAUGGAAGGAGAUCACCAGCAGACGGGCCGCUGAGCUCUCUGGAGCCAGCCUGGGCAAGGGCGAUAGGAAGAUGAUGCACUGAGUCUGACAAGUGGUCAACUUCAGCUUCCUCUCCCAAGGCCCCUCCUGCCUAGAAGCCCUUAGAUCUCCCAGAAUUGGCGCCUGCUCUUGGGGCUCCAUCCUGAGGCCUCUCACUCUCAAGUGGGAGAUAGAAGCUUUCCACGGUCUCAUUUUUCACUAAGGCCACCAUGACUUUUUCUGGUAAUGUGGAAAUUCAAUAGCAAAAAGAAAGGUUCUGUCCCAUGUUUGCUCCUUAGACCCUAUUAUGGGUGGGACCUUACUUCAGAGCCAUGGAGAUAGCUAGGUAUUAACUUCCCAGCCCUGCCGUGGGGCCAUCGUCAGUGCUGUCACAUUUCUGGUGUUAGGGAGUCUUGAGGGCACACCCCUCAUGCUGUGUGGGCAGAGUUCUGCCUCAAGAAGAGCUCCCAGGCCCUCCAUCCUGACCUGUGCCAUUUGCUGUGCCCUGGGAUCCCAGUGACAUCCUCUUCUGAGGUUCAAGCUCCCAGCAGGUCUCUGAAUGAGAGUCCUGCUGCUUAAGACUUUCGGUUCCUCUUGUUUCCUUGGAGAUGGUUUUCCAAGAGCAGAAUGUACAUUAAAGUUUUUGAUUUGGGACUAA